UGGUUCCACAGUCACAACAGACAUCUAAGCGCAACCAUAUUGCUAAAUGAGUCUAAUAGUCUUACUUUAUUUAAUUUUUUUACUUUGAAAAUUAAAGUACAGGUAUGCAGGUUUUUGUUUUGUUUUUGUUUUUGCGUACGCAAACUUGCCUUGCCCCGUGAAGGCGCCCCGCGUCCAUCAGCGUGGCCGCGCCUCCAGGUGUGCACAGGCGGAAGUGAGUCGUCACAACGCGACGGCGCCAGUCAGGCAGUUGUCGCUCCUCUGCUGCCACCAACUAUGGCGAACAAUGGCCAAACUCGCUACUGUCACCAGUUCUCCUACGUUGUUCUCAAAUUCACCCUCUUCUCCUACGCCAUCGUUUGGUGGUUGAUAGGUGGCUUCAUCCUGGCAAUUGGUAUAUAUGCCGAGGUGGAGAGGCAGCACUACAAGACCCUAGAUGGGGUGUUUCUGGCCCCUGCUCUGAUUCUCAUUCUCCUGGGAAUUGUCAUGUUUGUUGUUUCGUUCAUUGGCGUCUUGGCAUCGCUCAGGGAUAAUCUAACUCUACUGAAGGUGUUCAUGUACACACUGGUGGUGUGUCUCAUCCUGGAGCUCCUGGGAGGAAUUCUGGCACUAGUGUUCCGGAACCAGACUGUGGAUUUACUGAAUAAGAACAUACGAAGAGGCAUCGUUAACUACUAUGAUGACUUGGACUUCAAAAACAUCAUGGACUACGUUCAGACAAAGUUUAAAUGUUGUGGCGGCCAAGAGUACAAAGACUGGUCGGUCAACAUGUACCAUAACUGUUCUGCACUGGGUCCACUGGCCUGUGGAGUGCCUUAUACCUGCUGCAAUACCAAGCCAAAUGAAGUCGCAAACACAUUGUGUGGCUACAAGGUGUUGGAAAAAGAGCGCUUGGACCUGAUCGACAUGAUCCACAUCAGAGGCUGCACCGACGCUUUCUUCAUUUGGCUGACGGACAACUACAAGAUUAUGGCAGUGCUGCUCCUAGGGAUCUUGCUGCCUCAGUUCUUUGGGGUAGCCGUGAGCUGGCUGUACAUCACUCGAGUGGAAGACUCCAUUAGUGAGUACGGUCACUACACGGACGGCCUUCUGGGCUCAAACAUACCGACCAGACACCUCAAGAGGCAGGGCCAUAUGGCCAAGUGGUUUAAGUGUAUGCCGGAGUUCGACUAAUGAAGAUCGACAAGAGACAAACACCAUGAAGUGAUACACUGAAGAAAUCAAGAUGUCCCCAAACCCUCCCUUCAAGUAUUCACUUCUCGUGGCAACACCGAGCAGUACAUCAAUGCAAAUUUUAUACCACUUCAACAAAUAUGCCGCUCCACACUCCAUAAACCACUCAUCUCAUCAGCUGAGCCUAGAGGUGAGAAACACUGGGGAUUGCAGGAUCCAAAUGAAACUUUUUUUUUUAAAAUACAAUUUAUUACUUGAACCUGUAGGAAUUUUAAAUCAUUUUCUUAUGCAAUUUUAUUUUCAUUGCCCAGCCGCACGUUUGUAUGUCCGUGUUAUGUGAUACUCAAUGCUUUUUCAUUAAGUGACCAAGGUAAAGUAUCCUGGGAUCUCUGGUUUAUAAAUAUUCAAUAUUGUGCUCUUCUACCUUUGAACCUUUGUGAUAAGUAAAAACCAAGCAGUGUGAAGUUUUUAUGGGUCUUUUAAAUUACGAACAUAAUUUAAUUAAAUUGCUGAGUUGUUUAAGGUAUUAAAUGAAAAGGUAGUUCUCAAAGUUUUUACACCAAAUACCACCUAAAAUAAAGUACUUAGCUCCCCAAGUACAGUUCGUGAUGAAUAUUAAAAUACAGUAGUGUAGUAGCUUGUGCUGAUCAAAAAUAUCCUAAAGUACGUAAUAUUUUUAUUAUCUACUCAAAUGAUUCAUCGUUUAAACAACGGUUUGAUGCCAUCAAAAUCUUUUUUUUUUUUUUUUUUUCUAUUUUAUGUAUAACAGGUCAAAAUGCGUCUGAGGUUUUAAGUCUAUCUACGUUUUUUUGAAGGGAAUCUGUUCUGGUCUCUGCGAGCAUAGCUAUUUUUUAAAUUUCAUUUUAUUUUAUUUUUGCCUUUUGCAUUCAGUCUGUUUGUGAUGUAGAUGGUUACAAAUUGUUCAGAUACCAGCCCACUUCAUGGUUUGUAUCCACCCACUCAAUUUAGCUGUACGGCAACAUGGCCUUUCUCGGUUCUAGCCGAGUGAGUCUAUAAAGUUAUACAUUUGUUGGGUUUUACAACAAUACUUAACUGUAAUUUAUAAUGUAACUGUGGAUGAGAUUGAAGCUCACGGUCGUCCAAUGCAUGGGUGAACGUCUGUUCAAAUGGAUAGGAGUGCCGGACCAGCCUCUCAAAUUUUUCACCCUCUUUCACUGGCUCACGUUCAUGGGGUAAUAAUCCAAUCCUUCUGAUUCACAAUGAGAGUAAGACCCCCACAGAGAAGGAUCCAAAGGAGACUUUGCUCAGCCACUCGGGCCAAUCACAACAGAGCUGUUUUCCAUAUUUAAAUCAGUAAGGAUCCAAUCAGGGCAAAGCUUAGUAACAUAUCAAAUAUUAUUAAGAAAUCUAUCUCAAUUGCUAGGUGUAAAAGACCAAUUAGGAUACCUUGAAACAGGAUCAUGGGCAUUUUCAACCCAAAUUAUCUUGCAAACUUGGUAAAAGGAUAUCAAAGAUUAUGAAAAAUAAACAUUGCAUGUGAACUUUAAAAAUGUGCUGAAAUAUAUUUUGAAAAUGCAUUUAGUGAUUCAAUUCUAAUGUACUGCACAAAUGUUUAAAAAAUGUACCUAAGGUAAAAAACAAAUGAUUAAAUCUAAAUGUAUUUAACACAAGUUCACCGCAACUGAACUGUACUUGGGCAGUGAGUCUUUCGCAUACCACUAGUGGUACCUGACCUACUGUAAACACUGAGAAGCUCCAUAGUAGAACAUUUAAUUAAGAGAGAGUUUAAUCAGUGCACACAAUAAUUAAUGGACUGUAGUUGCAACACGCACAAGGUCUAGCUCUGGAUUGCCUAAUUGUGAAAUUCGCUACCGAAUAAUAUGCCUUUAAGGUACUACUGAAAUUCACGUAAACACGACUGUUUCCUUAACUGUGUGUGUGUGUGUGUGUGUGUGUGUGUGUGUGUGUUUAUAUAUAUAUAUUUUUUUCAUUUUUUUUUUAUUCCUAUUUUUACGUCAUUUCCAUCCUAAAUCAUCUCUUGAUAGUAUGAUAGAACAACAUCAGUCCACUGCCAGAAUGUAAUGCUCCACUUUAAAUUGAUUCAUCUUGUAUUUGUUUAACCUCUGUACAUAUAUACCUCCCGAUUGUUAUUCAUAUUUUGUUCAUAAAUUAUCAAAUAAUUUUAAUCAUGCAUCCAUUGAUUGAUGAUGAUGAUGUGUGGAAGUUGCUAAUCGUUCUUGCUUGUUUUUGUGCAGAGCAUGAAGUGAAAUUAAAUGAGUGGUCUCAUGUG